AUGCGUCCCGAAGUCGAGCAAGACCUCGCUCACACCCUGCUCGUCGAGCUUCUUGCAUACCAGUUUGCCUCCCCUGUCAGAUGGAUUGAAACCCAAGAUGUCUUCCUCGCCGAGAGGACCGCCGAGCGCAUCGUCGAAAUCGGCCCGGCAGAUACGCUCGGUGUGAUGGCUAAGCGCACUCUGGCCUCAAAGUACGAAGCGUAUGACGCCGCCAAAUCAGUCCAACGCCAAAUCCUAUGUUACAACAAGGACGCAAAGGAGAUUUACUACGAUGUUGAUCCGGUCGAGGACGAGCCCAAAGCCGCCGCUGAGUCUUCCGGCGAUGCUUCCGUGGCCACACCGGCGACAGGAGCUGUCCCUGCGGCCGCCCCAACAGCAGCUGCUCUUCCCCCUCCCAGCUCGGGUCCUGCGGCCCAGGUUCCUGAUGAGCCCGUUCUAGCUAUCGACAUUGUUCGGGCCCUGAUAGCGCAAAAGCUCAAGAAAGGACUCCUGGACGUUCCCCUCGGCAAGGCCAUCAAAGAUCUUGUUGGAGGCAAGUCCACUCUUCAGAACGAAAUUCUUGGUGAUCUCGGCAAGGAGUUUGGAUCCACUCCCGAAAAGCCGGAGGAUACUCCCCUCGAUGAACUCGGUGCCGCCAUGCAGGCAACAUUCAACGGCAACUUGGGCAAGCAGUCUCAGUCCCUUAUUGCCAGGUUGAUAUCCUCCAAGAUGCCGGGAGGCUUCAACAUCACAGCCGCUAGAAAAUAUCUGGAGACGAGAUGGGGUCUUGGCUCCGGCAGGCAAGACGGAGCGUUGCUUCUCUCCCUCACAAUGGAACCCGCAGCCCGUCUUGGCUCCGAGGCCGACGCAAAGGCCUUUCUGGACGAUGUCACUCAAAAGUACGCCGUUAACGCCGGAAUCAGUCUGUCCACCGCGUCAGCCGAUGGCGCGUCCGGUGGUUCUGGCGCCGGCAUGAUGAUGGAUCCUGCCGCCAUCGAUGCCCUCACCAAGGACCAACGGGCUCUGUUCAAGCAGCAACUGGAGCUUUUUGCGCGCUAUCUGAAGAUGGACCUACGCUCCGGCGACAAGGCCUUCAUCAACUCUCAAAAGUCGGAAAAGCUUCUGCAGACACAACUCGACUUGUGGACAGCCGAACAUGGCGACUUCUACGCUUCGGGCAUCGAGCCCGUCUUCAGCCCCCUCAAAGCUCGCACAUACGAUUCGUCGUGGAACUGGGCCCGACAGGAUGCCCUUAGCAUGUACUUCGACAUCAUCUUCGGCAGGCUGCAGGUCGUCGAUCGUGAGAUCGUCAGCCAGUGCAUCCGCCUCAUGAACCGAUCGAACCCCAAACUCCUCGACUUCAUGCAGUAUCACAUCGACAACUGCCCCACCGAACGUGGAGAGACCUAUAAGCUUGCCAAAGAGCUCAGCCAGCAGCUCAUCGAGAACUGUAAGGAUGUCUUGGAUGUGCCUCCCCACUACAAGGACGUGGCCAUUCCCACUGGUCCCCGCACCACCGUCGAUGCGCGGGGUAACUUGAACUACGAAGAAGUCCCCCGGGCCAGCUGCAGAAAGCUCGAGCAUUAUGUUCAGCAGAUGGCGGAGGGUGGCAAGAUUUCUGAAUAUGGCAACCGCACCAAGGUUCAGAGUGACCUGCAGCGCAUUUACAGGCUCAUCAAGCAGCAGCACAAGAUGUCCAAGACGUCCCAACUGGAGAUCAAGUCCUUGUACGGAGAUGUUUUGCGCUCUCUUGCCAUGAACCAGAGCCAGAUCAUUCCCAAGGAGAACGGGAAGAACAAGAAGACCAGCAUCAAAGCCUCCAGCAACAAGGGCAAGGUGGAGACGAUUCCUUUCUUGCAUCUCAAGCGCAAGACUCUGCACGGCUGGGACUACAGCAAAAAGCUUACUGCCGCUUACCUCAACUGCUUGGAAGAUGCCGCCAAGUCUGGCGUUACCUACCAGGGCAAGUUCGUGCUCAUGACUGGCGCCGGCGCCGGCUCGAUCGGCGCGGAAGUUUUGCAGGGCCUCAUCAGCGGCGGUGCCAAGGUAGUAGUUACCACCAGCCGAUUCUCGAGAGAGGUUACGGAGUACUACCAGUCCAUGUAUGCCCGCUAUGGCUCGCGCGGAUCUCAGAUUGUCGUCGUCCCCUUCAACCAGGGCAGCAAGCAAGACGUCGAAGGUUUGGUUGAUUAUAUUUACGAUACCAAAAAUGGUCUCGGUUGGGACUUGGACUUCAUUGUCCCGUUUGCCGCUAUUUCGGAGAAUGGCCGUCAGAUCGACAGCAUCGACUCGAGGUCCGAACUUGCUCACCGCAUCAUGCUCACCAACCUUAUCCGCCUCCUGGGAUGCGUCAAGAUGCAGAAGACUGAGAGGGGUUUCGAGACUCGGCCCGCCCAGGUUGUACUCCCCCUUUCUCCGAACCACGGUACCUUUGGCAGCGACGGUCUCUACUCCGAGUCCAAGCUCGCGCUUGAGACGCUCUUUAACCGGUGGUACUCGGAGAGUUGGGCCAACUACCUCACCGUCUGUGGUGCCGUCAUCGGUUGGACCCGUGGCACUGGUCUCAUGUCUGGCAACAACAUUGUUGCAGAAGGCGUCGAGGCGUUCGGUGUCCGCACUUUCUCGCAGCAGGAGAUGGCCUUUAACCUGCUGGGUCUCAUGUCACCCUCGAUUGUGGACCUCUGCCAGUCGGAACCAGUCUUUGCCGAUCUCAAUGGUGGCCUCCAGUUCAUCCCCAACCUGAACGAGGCAAUGACGAAACUCCGCAAGGAUAUUAUGGAAACAAGCGAGAUCCGCAAGGCCGUCGCCAAGGAGAGCGCCAUUGAAAACACCAUUGUCAACGGUGCCCAAUCGGAGGCUCUUUACAAGAAGAAGACGGUUGACCCACGCGCCAACAUUAAAUUCGACUUCCCCACGCGGCCAGAUUGGAAGACCGAGAUUGCCCCCCAUAAUGAAAAGCUGAAGGGUAUGGUGGACCUCGAAAAGGUCGUCGUCAUCACCGGUUUCGCGGAAGUCGGCCCUUGGGGCAACUCUCGUACCAGAUGGGAGAUGGAGGCAUAUGGCGAGUUCUCUCUUGAAGGUUGCGUCGAGAUGGCCUGGAUCAUGGGCCUCAUCAAGAACCACAAGGGCCCACUGAAGGGUAAGCCGUACUCCGGCUGGGUCGAUGCAAAGACUGGUGACCCAGUCGAGGAAAAAGACAUUAAGCAGAAGUAUGAGAAGUUCAUCCUGGAGCACUCGGGUAUUCGCCUAAUCGAGCCGGAGCUGUUUGACGGAUAUGACCCCAACAAGAAGCAGCUGCUUCACGAGGUCGUCAUUGAAGAAGACCUCGAGCCCUUUGAGGCUUCCAAGGAGACUGCUGAAGAGUUCCGACGCGAGCAUGGCGACAAGGUCGAGAUAUUCGAGAUUCCCGACAGCGGCGAGUACACCAUCCGCGUGAAGAAGGGUGCGUCGCUCUGGAUCCCCAAGGCUCUCCGCUUCGAUCGCCUCGUCGCAGGUCAGAUACCGACCGGCUGGGACGCCAAACGAUACGGCAUCCCGGAGGACAUCAUCUCGCAAGUCGACCCUGUCACUCUUUUCCUCUUGGUCUCUACUGCCGAGGCGCUCCUCUCCUGCGGCAUAACCGACCCUUACGAGUUCUACAAGUAUGUUCACGUCUCCGAAGUCGGCAACUGCGUCGGAUCCGGCAUGGGUGGCGCUGCUGCUCUCCGCGGGAUGCAUAAGGAUCGUUUCCUUGACAAACCUCUCCAAAAUGAUAUCCUCCAGGAGUCGUUCAUCAACACGAUGGCCGCUUGGGUGAACAUGCUGCUGAUCUCCUCGUCGGGACCCAUCAAGACACCUGUUGGUGCCUGCGCCACUGCGGUGGAGUCGGUGGACAUUGGGUAUGAAACCAUCAUGGAGGGCAAGGCUCGUGUUUGCUUCGUGGGUGGAUUUGAUGACUUUGGCGAAGAAGGCUCGUACGAGUUUGCCAACAUGAAGGCGACAAGCAAUACCGUUGAUGAGUUGGCACAUGGUCGAACCCCGAAGGAGAUGUCCCGCCCCACCACCACCACCAGGAACGGCUUCAUGGAGUCCCAGGGCUGUGGUAUUCAGGUUAUCAUGACGGCCAAGCUGGCCCUCGACAUGGGUGUUCCGAUCUACGGCAUCUUGGCUCUCACCACGACCGCAUCUGAUAAGAUUGGUCGUUCUGUUCCGGCCCCUGGUCAGGGUGUGCUCACGACGGCCCGCGAGCAUGCCGGCAAGUAUCCAUCGCCCCUGCUGAACAUCGAUUACCGCCGCCGCCAGAUUGAGAUUCGCAAGAGGCACAUCAAGCAAUGGCAGGAAUCCGAGCUGGAGUUUGUGCACGAAGAGAUUGAUGCAAUGAAGGCUCAGGGUACCUGUUUUGAUGAGAAGGAGUACGCCCACGACCGCAUCGCGCAUAUUGAAAAGGAAGCCGCUCGCCAAGAAAAGGAGCUCCUUCGAAGUAUGGGCAACAACUUUUGGAAGAGCGACACCAGCAUCGCUCCACUUCGUGGUGCCCUCGCCACCUGGGGUCUUACCAUCGACGAUCUUGGCGUUGCCUCCUUCCAUGGCACCUCUACCAAAGCGAACGAUAAGAACGAGUCAUCGGUUAUUUGCCAGCAGCUUCGCCAUCUCGGACGCAGCAAGGGCAACGCCGUGCUCGGAAUCUUCCAGAAGUACCUCACUGGUCAUCCAAAGGGUGCUGCGGGUGCUUGGAUGAUGAACGGCUGCCUGCAGGUUCUUAAUACCGGCUUGGUUCCUGGCAAUCGCAAUGCCGACAAUGUCGAUCCUAUCAUGGAACAGUACGACCUCAUCGUGUACCCCAGCCGCAGCAUCCAGACGGAUGGCAUCAAGGCCUUCUCCGUCACAUCCUUUGGCUUCGGACAAAAGGGUGCGCAGGCCAUUGGUAUCCACCCCAAAUAUCUGUACGCGACGCUCGACGAGCGAAGCUACGACGAAUACUGCGCCAAAGUGGAAGCACGGCAGAAGAAGGCCUACCGUUUCUUCCACAACGGUCUCAUCAACAACAGCCUCUUCGUGGCCAAGACAAACUCCCCGUAUUCCGACGAGCAGCUGAGCAGUGUGCUUCUGAACCCCGAUGCUCGCGUCUCCGAAACGGCGACAUCUGAGCUCAAAUAUUCUGCCAAUUUCAUGAAGCAGUCCGAGAAGAUUGUGCCGGCUUCCAGGGUCGGAGAGACUCAGAAGGUCAUGGAAGCGCUGGCUCACAAGGUGGCCAACAAGAACAGCAAGGUUGGCGUUGACAUCGAGCAUAUAUCGUCUGUCAAUAUUGACAACGACGUGUUCCUGGAGCGCAACUUUACGGCGGAGGAAAUCAAGUAUUGCCAAAAGGCCCCGAGCCCACAAAGCUCCUUCGCUGGCCGGUGGAGUGCGAAGGAGGCCGUUUUCAAGUCUCUCGGUGUUGCCAGCAAGGGUGCCGGCGCGGCGAUGAAGGACAUUGAAAUUCUGCGUGACGAAAACGGCGCACCUGCUGUCUCGCUCCAUGGCACAGCGGCUGCUGCUGCGAAGCAAGCUGGUGUGAAGAAUAUUACGCUGUCCAUCUCCCACUCCGACAGCCAGGCUGUCGCCGUGGCCGUUGCCACCUUUUAG